AACAGCCAGAAUAUUCAAAGGAAAAAGAAAAAGAAAAAAAAAAUACAUUACUAGAAGAAAAAAAUGACGUUUGAAAAGAAAAUUGUGAUUGUGUCAAUGGCCAUAUUUUUAAUGAUAGUAGCAACAACCGCUACCGAAGUUGAUGGUCGAAUUCAUGUCCGACGGAGCUUAGCUGAUUUUGGUGGAGGUUGUUGCAACGUUUUUAUUCACACUUGUUGUUUUCCUAAACAUUGACUUAAUCACUUUUAAAUAUAUAUUACCUCGUAAUAAGUUUCUUCUCUUCUUUUUCUUUUCUCUUAGGAGAAUUGAUUAACUGUAUAAAUAUUCAGAUAAGUGGUGGACCAUUGAACAUAAUAUACGUAUCCAAACAUGUUAUUCAGGAUUGUUGCAUGUAAUAAAACUAUAUAGUUGAGAGAAAGAUAAACCGUCCCCACAUACAUUUUUUUGUCUUAAAUUUUUCCUUUAUAUAACCGAUAAUAGUUAUCUAUCGAAUUUAGAUUCUCACCUAGAGCAAACAAAAAUACGUUUGUUUUUGAACGAUCGAAUGUUUUGGCCAAAAUAUUCGAUCUAGUUACGAAAAAAUCCAAUGGUUGUGUAAAUUUUAUGACCAUCAAUCAGUAGUGAUUAAAUAUAUCAAUGG